AUGUCCGGAACAAUGCGGGAUAAAUCCAACGAUGUGCAGGGAUUCCGAUUCGCGUGGCCUUUCCCAAAAGAGCCCACCUAUUUUUACACACUAAAAUCGUACUUUACUAUGAGUUUUGUGAAAACCGUGUCGAAGAUUAUGUUUUUAGGAGGUGAGAAUAUCAAAAAUUCCCAUUAAAAUUGGAUUAUGAGCCCCAAAAUCCCCCUCAGAACCUUUUUUCUCAAAUUUUCCAGGCGUAAACCGUCUCAUCGUCCACAACAAGGAAAAAUUGCUACAAAUCCUCGAGGAUCCCACAAAACCCCUGAUAACUGUCGCAAAUCAUCGCUGUAAUAUUGACGAUCCUCUAAUGUGGUGUGAGUUGGGAAAAUCGGUGGCCGUGGCCUAGAAACCCGAAAAAUUUCCAGCGAUUUUCACGUUUCGAGAAUUCUGGAACAUCAAGGAUAAAUAUCGAUAUACGUUGGCUGCGCAUAAUAUUUGUUUUACCAAACAAUUUCAUACCACGUAAGUGGGAGCUACAAAAUAUGCGUCAGCACGUGAUUUGCGUCAGUUUGAUACGAAACGAUCCUAGUCUACAAAAAAGCGCCAACAAAGCCUUGUUCGGUAUCAAACUGACGCAAAUUUCGUGCUGACGCAUUUCCCGCACCCUAGAAUUUGUUCCAGAAUCUUCUCAUUGGGCCGUUGUGUUCCUUGUGUGCGCGGCGAAGGUGUCUAUCAAAAAGGCAUGGAUUUCAGUGUGGAAAUGCUGAACAAAAAUCAGUGGAUACACAUUUAUCCAGAGGGAAAAGUGUGUCGAAAAGAGGAUGAGCCUUUAAGGUACGGUAGGACGAUUUUCAUCUACGCAAAACUCAAAAAUUUCCAGAUUCAAAUGGGGUGUUGGUCGAUUGAUAGCCGACGCCGAGACCGAUCCGCUGAUUUUGCCGAUUUGGUGUGUUGGGAUGGAUGGUGUUUGGCCGGAACGGCCACCGUAUUAUCCGAGAUUUGGAAAUGUAGGUGACACGCCCAUUUUGCAAGCCUGGCACAGUUUUUUUCGCCGUGAAAUUUGCGUUGUUUUGAGGGGUUUUAUGUUGAAAAUGGUCAAUUUUAAGUUUCUGUGAGGCCCCGCCCCUUUCUGCAACUCUCGCACAGUUUUUCUGGUAUCAAAAUGACCCUCUCCACAAGCCCCGCCCCUUUCUGCAACCCCCGCACAUUUUUUUUCCGUUUCAGAAAGUCGAAGUGCACAUUGGCGAACCGUUCCAACUAUCGCAUCUCAAAAAAAAGUUGCUCGAAACGAAAGGUCUGACUGUGGAACAAGUGCGAAAAUCGAUAACCGACGAAAUUCAGCUGCGAGUCUAUGAAUUGGGAGAAAAAGUUGGCGAUUUGCCAAAAGGAACCGCCCGGAAGUCGCUGGAUUUAUGA